UGGCCAUUGAGCAGCGCUUCGGCAACUCAUGGGGACCACCCACCUGUCUGGUUGCCUCGUUCUUGGGAAGCUUGCUGGAGAGUAUGCUGUUCCCGAACUUGGAGCAAUGUCAGCCGCACAUCGCGUGUCAAAGUUGCUCCAACAUCAAAGAAUGCAGCACACAGACAUGGAUCAGGGUAGUUAGCAUGUACUGAGAUUGGGUUGGGCCCGCUUAGGACGCUGCGCGUAAUUGAAGGGAGGACAGUAGGUACAAUUUGGGAACACACAUCAACGAUACAAGAGCCGUGUUGGCAUGAGUGGCAAACCAGAGCACUUCACGCUACAAGUUUGCCUGGGACGGUUUGUGUAGCAACGCUGUGAGGAAAUGAAGCCAUGCCUGGCAUGGAGGCCUUGGAGAUUCAUUCAAACGAGAGGACCUGUGGCAAUUCGAAUUCAAUUCACGGCAUGCUGCAUGAAUCGAUCUUCGGGAAAAUAGUCCUUUCUCAUGAUGACACAUGCAGAGCGUAUACUGUUAUCGUUUUCGGCAUGCUUUUGAAUCUUGACGACAUGUUUUCACGGCGGAAGGUUGGUUGGCGUGGACUGAAACACUUCAACAACACUGAUUCAGUGAAUUCCAGUGCGGCUCGAGGCACAUCUAUGUAUGAGCUGACGCGUUUUAUGAAGAAUCUGGACUCGAACUUUCCGCUGUUGACUUUGAACGAUCUGGAUCUUCAAGUUGAGCUAUUUUCGAAAUCUCUUCCUCUUUCAGGCCUGCCUACCACCGAGAAACUAGGAUUAGACCCAUCAGCCAUGCAUCAUAGCGCCGUUCCACCCGAUGACUGCAGGACAUCCAGGAGUGUGACGAUCUCAUGGUGGCAGACCCGUCGAUUAUUUCGCGAGCCCAUCGACUCAUGACCAAGCAGGGUGUACCCAUGAACUGCGAUGGUGAGCCGAUCGUUGAAUUAAGAUGUU